AUGAAACAAAAAUUGUCCUUUGGCCUUUGUUGGCUGUUAAUAUUAACACUUGAUGCAGCAAUUGGAUUACCGCAGCCAAGAGACGAUCGAUUACGAAAUUUCCCGAGAACGAAGUUUUCGUGUGUUGGUCGACCAGCGGGAUAUUACGCCGAUAUCGAAACGGGAUGUCAACUUUAUCACAUGUGCGAUGGACAAGGAAGGCAGUUUACUAACAUUUGCCCGAAUGCGACAUUAUUUCAACAACGAAUGCUCAUUUGCGAUCAUUGGUAUAUGGUCGAUUGUGACAGAGCUGAAAGUAAUUAUGAUGCUAAUUUAUUAAUAGGUCAACGUGAUUUGCCAUUCGUUACUGAAGAAGAACGUUUUCAUGAAAUUCGAACUCCAAGACCUGAUAUUUUAGAUAGGCCUUAUGCUCCUGAUUAUUCAGGAGAAUCUUUCCGAAAGAAUUUUAAGAAUCCUUUCCCAUCGCCUCAAAACAGCAUUGAUCCAAUUCCUCAAUUGAGACAACCAAAACCUUUCAGUGUUCCGAAUCAAGAUAUCUUUCUUGAAAGCGAGUCGAGUCACGGAGCAAAACCUGUACAUGUACAAGCCUCGAACAUAAUCGAUGACAUCAAGAAAACCAUCAAAGAGAAUAAUGUUGAACAAACUUUGACAACAGCUGAAUCGCGUACAGAUUCAAAAGGUUUAACAUCUGUAACAUCAGAAAAUCCAAAAGCGAUUGUUCCUCCAUCAAAAUACUAUUCGCCGCCGUUUUUGGAGCCCAUUUACAAUCGUGAAUACACAGAAGAGAAUAACAAAAUUGCGCGAACACCCGCAGAUCAAUCUACUCGACGAACAUAUCCAACAACAACCAAAUCGCCCUAUGAUAAAUAUGAUUUUAGUGCAUUCGAUAGUAUUUUGAAAGCUGUUCGAAAGGGAAAUCGAGAAGAUUAUGAUUUUUCAAAAUACAUCCGAAACAAAGACGGAACAUUAACUCCUCGAAGAACAACUCAAUCGAAAGUUAUGAGCAAAAAUUCAGGAUUUCAAGCAACAACGAAGAAAAAUAAUUUGUUCGCUGUAACACAAGCUCCUGUCAGAUCAACACAAACAAAACAACGUCCUCCAAUAAUUCAGAAUCCUUCUGGAUUUGUUCAAAGUACGGUAUUACCAACAACAACGACACAAAGGACGACAACAAGAGCAUCGACAACAACGACGAGAAAACCAAUUUCAACGACAACGACAAGACGAUCAACAACUCGACGCCCUGUUUCAACGACGAUACGAGCUAUUGUCGCAAAACCUCAACUUUCGAGUAUAUCUGCGCCUUCUUUGAACAUAAUUCCUCCCAUUUCCGAGCCUCGUCCUUUUGCUCAACAAAACAAUAAAGUAACAUCUAUCAGUAAGGGAAGUGUAUCAAGUGCAUCGAAACCAAUCGUUCCGCCAUUAGCUCUCGAAUUAUUGCCUCCAUUCGAAAAGGAAACAUAUCAUGACGUUGCGACAACAUUAGGACCUCCAAUUUAUUACGAAUGGAAAUCUCAAGUACCCGCUUCUGAACUUUUGCCUCCAUUUGAGGCAAAUCCCGAAAACGCAGAUAACUUUGGAGCACAUUCACAAGCAACGCGAUCUGUCAGCGGACAAACCACAAUUUUAUUGGAAAGUGCAUUAGAAAAAUUGAUCAAAAGUAAUUGGACUGAAUUGAGAAAUAUUCAUGCGAUACCCGAAUUCAAUUUCCCUCUCGAACGAGAAGAGCUGCGAACGGGUUACGACAACAAUGAACGAGUUAAUUCGUUUCAAUUGAAAAUUCCGGAUAAAAGUUUACAAGGCAAGGAAUGGUAUGGCGAAAAUCCAAAAUGUCCCGAAUGCCAUCCAAGUUUCCUCAAGCCAGGAUUAUGUUCGCCAUGCAUUAAAAUUAGAGAAUAAAUUGUUUGCUUGCUUGAUGUGUGUAUUUGCGUGUGAGAAAAUUUGAAGGAUAUUUUAACAUUAAGCCAUUUUUGUAAACGUUUAGAGGUAAAAUUGAUCAAAUGUUACAAAGACUCCUUU